AUGCGUUUUGUGGGAGGACUUCGCCAACAAAUCCAGCACACUCUUAACUUGUCUCGUCCACAAUCGAUCUCAGAAGCGCAUCAGCAGACCCUCACGAUAGAGAACCAGAAUCGAACCGGCUCUCAAUCUUGGUCCACGUCGCGGCAAAACAAACAGCCUACAUCAACCCCACCAACAACCACCAACGACGCCACUUCAAAAACAGAAACUGCAAUUGUACAUGUUAACAAUAACCAACAGGUUCGUCUCGGCGGAUUGCGUUGUUACUCUUGCGGAGAAGCAGGACAUCGUCAGUCCGCUUGUCCACAUCGUACGUUCAGAGGAUUACUUAUCCAAGAAGUACAACAGGAUAAUGACCCUAUCUAUGACGAGGAACCACUCGACUCUGACGAAGAAGCUGAAGAACUUUUCCCUGAUUCGGGUCGACUUCUCGUAGUUCGCCGGUCGUUUUUCACUCCUAAAGCCGAAGAACAGUUCCCACAACGUAACAGAUUCUUUCAGUCGCGUUGCACAAUCAAUGGACGAGUCUGCUCCUUUGUAAUCGACUCUGGGAGCUGUAAGAAUGUCAUAGCGGAGGAGGCAGUCGCGAAAUUACAACUUCAGGACGAACCCCACCCACAAGCUCUCGUGGCUCCAACUGAACCAUGA